AUGUUUGUCUCGUUACAUUACAACAAACAAAAAUACGAUACUGCAAAGAAGAAUGGCUCUUUGGGAAAAGCCAAUGCAGAACUGUUGAAAGAAAGCCCAGGCAAUUCACCAAAUCCUACAUCAGACCAUGCAAAACUGUAUACAACCACGUUGAAAUUGAAGAAUACUGACAUCUUAAGAUUGAAUGGUGGCAGCAGUACUGAAAAGGUUAGUACACUCAAACCGGAAUCGAACACAACUGCAAAUCGAGUUCAUGAUACCCCCUUCAAUGUGACUACUCCACUACAAAAGUUUGUUUCAUUGGCUUACAACAAAGAGAAAUAUCUUGCCGCAAUCAAACCUAAAACGUCACCAAACCUGACGGAUCCCAGCUCAGACAUCCAUAUAGAGUCCGGCUUCAUGGAGAAACAAGGUGAGUCGCUAGAAAAUGUGUCACCCAUCAAAUCUGAUCUCUCGUCUCUCGUAAGGGGGGCGCCCGAACUAACAAAUCCAGAAUCAAAUCGAAACAGUGGAAAGUUGAGCCCACCAAUUAGUCCACACAGUUUUGCCAACCUGCUUUUCCGCCCCGAAUAUAGGCCCAUUGAUCCAAAUUCCCCAUCAAAAAUAGUAAAACUUCAAUAUAAUGAGGCUCAGCGAGUGAAAAUGUUUGAAAAACUUCCCGGUGUCAACUUCACACCCGUAACACCGACAAAAAGAUCUCACCAAGAGAAAGAGAAACUCAAACCAACGCUGGCGACUUCAAAUAGAACCUCCUCCGGUGAGGCAAUUGUAGGUUUGGAUCCACUUGAAUUGUCUCUGAAGAACAAGACACCCCAAAGACGAAAGAGCAGCUCACGCGCUAGACCUGUUUCAGUGUCUUCAACUAUUUCCUCAUCAGGACUUUACCACCAGUCGUCUUCCCCGGUAUCGAAAUCAUCUACACCAGCUUCGUUAUCUUCUUCAUCUUCAUCGUCUUCAUCUCCAUCUGGAUUACAAUCACCAUCACCAUCGCCGGCAUCCGUACUCGAGUCUGAACCAAAUGCACAGGAAACAGCUGACCUUCCUGUUGACGAGAGCCUGUCUGACGAAUCUAAUCAAGCACUCCUGCAUCAACCACAGAGAAGUAAAAUACAUACUUGCGAAGAAGCACUAGAAACAAUGUCGCGGUACGCAGACUUGCAAACUGAAAUAAGCAGCAGCACAGCGGAGAGUAAUGGUUUAGCCAGUUAUCAACAAGUUGAGAUUGAUUGGUUCAAGAGUCUUAUUGUUGUUGCUGAAAAGCUCAAUGAUUUGAAGGACACUUACAGGGCGAUACAAUUAAUCAAACGGAAAAAGACGGCAUCUUAA